AUGUCCAAACCUCUCGUAGUAGAUAUCCACACCCAUGUCUACCCACCCUCAUACAUGGCGAUGCUCCGCGCACGUAAAACAGUCCCAUACAUCCACGACCCAGAGCAAGGCGAACCACGCCUAAUAAUCCUCUCCUCAGACGACGACCCAGCAAUCCCUAUUGACCAACGCGGCCGCCCAGUCGACUCAUCCUACUCCGACAUAAACGUCAAACUAACCUUCAUGCAACAGCACGGCAUAGACAGCAGCGUGAUCUCGCUCGCGAACCCAUGGCUCGAUUUCCUCGACCCCUCCGAAGCUCAAGAAUGGGCCCGGCGCAUCAAUGACGAUCUGGAAGAAACCUGUGCGAGUGUCAAUCUAUCCGGAAACCCUGAUCAGAAGCUCCCGCUUAAGGGUCGGUCGUCUCUUUUUGCGUUUGCUGUUUUGCCGUUGAGUGCGCCGAGUCCUGAUAUCAUUGUUGAGGAGAUUAAGCGGCUGAGAAGUCUGCCUCAUGUCCGCGGUGUCAUUAUGGGGACUUCGGGGUUGGGAAAUGGUCUUGAUGAUGAGAAGUUGGGACCUGUUUGGGCUGCCCUUGAGGAAACUCAGCUCUUGCUCUUUUUGCAUCCUCAUUACGGUCUUCCUAAUGAGGCUUUUGGCGGUGCUGAGGUUACUGCUCGGUAUGGUCAUGUGCUUCCUCUUGCUCUGGGCUUCCCGCUUGAGACUACUAUUGCUGUUACGCGCAUGUUGCUUUCGCGCGUCUUUGAUAAGUUCCCACGACUGCAGCUACUGCUUGCUCAUUCGGGUGGUACGCUGCCUUUCCUGGCUGGUCGCAUUGAGAGCUGCAUCAUGCAUGAGCGUAAUUUCGUUAAAAAUGGUGGCAAUGUCCCUGGGCCGCAGAGGAGUAUCUGGGAGAUUUUGAAGACAAAUAUCUUCCUUGAUGCGGUUGUUUAUGGGGUUGCUGGGCUGAAGGCUGCUGUUACUGUCGGUGGAGCUACUGAUCGUCUUAUGUUUGGUACUGAUCAUCCAUUCUUCCCGCCUUUGACCGAGGGAGAGAAAGACUGGCUUAGUGUCACGACCAAUUACAAAGCUAUUGAGGAGACUUUCAAGGACGAAAACGAGACUGUGGCCGCUGUUCUGGGUGGUAAUGCUGCUCGCAUUCUCAGUCUUGAAUAA